AUGCGAGGCAAAAGGAACCGCGGAGAUGUCGGAUCCUCACACCGCCGAGAGGAGAUAGCGCGGGGGAAGAGACCCGUCGUCGAGCCCAACGACGACUUCGUGGAGGACUCGACGAUGCAGGAUGCCCCUUUUCCUGAGACCCUGGGAGACGACGAGACCGAGGACACUGUCACGGAGAUCGAGAUGCAGCGUCUCCGCACCCUCCUCGAAAUGAAGUUUGCCGGGACGCGGUAUCCCGACAGAGGCACGAUGCAGACGCUCCGCUUCGACGAGGACAUCGACGAGAUGUUCCACAACCUGGGGAUCGGCCGAGUUAUGUUCCAGCAGCACGAGGCUUACCGGAAGGCGACUUGCCUUUUCUUGCCACACUCACACACGAGCCCUGCCUCGACGGCAAGACCACACCUGACGGCAGUGACGACUACAUCACCUUCUGGGCCACUGGACAGAGACACCAUCUCUCAUACAGGGAGAUCGACCGAGCUCUUUUCUGCCGCAAGGCAACCGUCUAGGCCUCGACGUCGACCGUGA